GAGGGUGGUCAAAGUUCCAGGUACAAAGUCAACAAACAGCCACAGUCUUAAAAUGAAGGAUCCUAUCAGCACCUGCUCUUAUAACCAACUCUAUCAAAAUGUGAAACAAUUUUCAAAAACCGGGGAGUACUUCUGCAAAGAACUUAUGACAGUUUUUCAGCAAAGGGCUGAGCUGGAACUUACUUAUGCCAAAGGACUACAAAAACUUGCUGGCAAACUCAUCAGGGCCUCCAAAGGAAUGUCAAAUAAUACCACCUACAGUGCCUGGUGUCAUGUGUCAGAUGAGAUGUACUCGAGAGCAGAUGCCCACAGAUCAUUAGGAAAUGCAUUUCAGCAAGAAGCAAUCCUGGAAAUACGACAAGUCUUAGACGAGCAUAAUAAGAGGAAGAGACCUCUUGACAAUGCCAUUGAAAGAACUGGGAAAUUUGUGACGACUAAUUGGAGCGAGCAACUCAAGGUAAAGAAGAAAUUGCUUGGAUUAACAAGAGAGCAUGAGGCUUUGUUCAACUUUGUUGAGAACAACAGGCAAAUGUGCACAGAAAAAGAAAAACAAAAGAUGCUGAACAGGCUGACUAAGUCUGCAGAGCUGCAGGCGCAGGUGGAUGAGGAGUACUUUAAUGUCAACAUGGAGGGUCAUCAGAUGAGGCUCAAGUGGGAAAACACACUGAAAAACUGCUACCAGAUCAUACAGGAGGUGGAGAAACAGCGGGUUGAAGUUCUUUGCAACAUUUUGAGUAGAUACAACCUCCACAUGUUCAGCUUUGGGCAGACCCUCAAACAUGGCCAGAGACAGAUAGAGCAGACGGUCCAAAGGGUGGACAUGGAUAAAGACAUACAGACCCUGGUGAAGGAAAACAGCAUCACAGCUGAAGAUCACAAAGCUGAGUUUUUGAUGGCUGAUUAUUUUGAGGAGGACAGCAAAUCACUGAUGGCCAAAGGCCGAAGAACAGAGGCCAUAAAACUCAAACUGCAGCGUCUGGAGGACAGUAUUACAAAAACAAAGAAAGACCGUGAAGGAAUUGAAAAACUGAUGAGAACAUAUUCUGAAAAUCCAUCUUUUUCAAACCAAAAGAACCUCGAGGAAACUGAACUGCAGAUUGAUGAGAGUACUCUAAAACUGGAUCUCCUUGACGCCACUCGCUACAAACUCUCUGCAUCACUGUCUGAAUUAGAGGGGAAACCCAAGACCUUUCACCGAUUCAGUGAAAGCAUUGUGAAAUGGAAAGACAAGGACUGCGAGCACAGCGUUGUUCAACUGACCCGUCCAGUCAAACUCAGGAGGACCCCGUUCAGAUCCCGACAAUCACUGAGAGCUUCCAUCAUUUACAAAGGGCCUGUUGAGUUUGAGGCACAGCUCAAGUCCGCGGAGGCUUCGCCGCCAAGUGCCAACGACCAAGUCCCUUCACCAGCUACAACACAUGAAACUGUAGAGGGUGGCAGUACUGUUAAUGGACACCUGCCUCCCAAUGAUGAUGACAAAGAACAAGUUCAAGUAACACCGGAGCUGUGCAGUAUCGGGAAAUGCAAGGCCCUGUACAGUUACACACCUGAACAGGACGAUGAGCUGACUUUGAAAGAAGGAGAUCUUCUAGACAUUUACGGGAAGGAGGAGAACAGCUGGUGGUUUGGCAAACUUCACGGGAAGAAAGGCUAUUUCCCUUCAACCUAUGUUGAGGAGCUGCCUGUGUUGAGCAGCGUCAAAUCAUCCGAUGCCUGACGGACACAACUAAUCUACAACUACACUAUAGAACUCACCCUGAAUCAAAAAGAUUCAGUUCUAAAGAGCCGAACAUGUAAUGACAACUGGAAGCCUCAAACAAACUAGAAAAUGUGUUUGUACCGACUGAUGAUAUUCAUGGCUUUAAAAUGUUAAUAAAAACAAAAGCAGAGUUUAAUAAAUGCUUCUCUGCUGUCAGUUAGGAUCUAUGAUUUUCUCACUGCUCUCUCGAGAUAUUUUGUAAUGUAGUUAGAACUCAUAAGUGUCUUUUUUAAUUCCAAUAUUGUGUUUUUCAUUAUUUAUGCCACAUUGUGUACAGAUGAACUCGACUAUAGUGAGUGGUUAACAUGUAUUUUAAUAGGUUAAUGAUUUACUGAGUAAUGACUUGAGAAAAUAAAUGAAAACUGUUUAUCUCAUAUGUGAAUGAUCAAUUAAUAUAUUAACGUUUACUUCUGGAGAACAUCUACAGUAAACGGGUGAACCUUUCAGGACUUAGAGACCCCAGAACACCUGUUACAAACUCCAAGGUUUCAAACAAUGCCAAUUAGCAGUAUCCACUAAACGGUGAUACGACCAUGCUCAAUAAUGAGACAGGACAUUAACACCAGUGUUGAUAUAUUAAUUACAUUUUCUUUAUUCAUUCUUAUAAGCAUUUUCCAUUAUCCUCCCUCCAAGUUUGCUGAGGACCCCCACUUUGAAAAUCACUACAUUAGUCCACAUUGCAGCAAGAACUUCAUUGCAUGGCAUUUUAUUCUCCCAUUCAUUCUAUUUUAGCAGCGAGCCUGAGAGAUAAACUCCUUCCUGACGUUUGCCAGGAAUGCUGCCAAGUUAUUGGUCUCCUGAAGCUGGCUUUCCAAGACUGGCAAACACUCAAGCACGGGGUCACUGGACACAACUGUGGAAAAUGAAAAAUGUAAUUAUAGAAGCCAUUUACAAUGGUUGUUGCAGGAUAAGACUGGUGAUAUUCCAUAUUUAUAUUAUUGUCCAUAAAUCCCAUGAAAUG